UUAAUUCGCUCAGUAUAGCAUGGCUCGGCUCCUAGUGAUCGGCAUCAACCUAGUGAUCGGCAUCAAGCACCGCUUCCUAGUGAUCGGCGUCACUAUCACCGCUGUUUUUCAACCCUAAUUAUCACAUGGGAUGUCUACAACCAUCUUCUCCACUUGUUCCUUCAUCAUCUUCUUCAGAAGUACGAGAAGCACAAGAAUUGAGAAACAACAUUCUUAAGCAAAUCGAAUACUACUUCAGUGAUGAUAAUCUGGCUAGAGAUGUUUAUAUAAAACAGUAUAUGGGCGACAAGGGUUGGGUUCCGAUUAGUUUGAUCGCCAGUUUUCCACGAGGAAAGAAAGUGAGGCGACGCACUAGUUGGAGUUGACGCCACCAUGCAGCAAUGGGCUCACGAUCUAUGAAGAUAGCUGAUACGGGACGGGCCUCUCGUUGCCGGAUCCAUCACAAGCCCAUAUUUGUACAAUUAUGGAGUUGUUGAGUUAUUAAUAAUUAUUCUCCUAAAAAUCUGAGGUAAAAAAUAAAUUUUAAUGUAAUGAUAAUAAAAACUUGGAAUCGAACCCCGUGCCUCUCCUCGCAAAGAUGAUGAUGAAUUCAUUUUUAGACGAAACAAAAGCUACUUAUUUCUCAAGUCUCCAAAAUCACUGUUCAAACAAGAUUGGAUUGCAUCUCAUCAUUAUCAAAAGCUACCAAAAGUAGGUGACAAAACUCUGUCAAUGUCAACUCAACCAAAAAUUUGUUCUCUUGUGAGUGAAUUAGCAGUGAUAAAUCCCAGCAUGCAGACUAGGGUGGAAGAGAGUGCAAGACAGAAGUGGUGAUAUAGGACAUAUCUUUCCAUAUCUUUGUGCAUCAAAUGUCCCAAUAUUUACUUAAGAAUAGAUAGAUUUAUGUUUAGGGUUGCAAUUCAUAAUUUUGUAGCCUAUAUAUAUAAGCCUGUUCUUGUGAUUUCAAUUAGCAAGCAAAAUGAUUCAUCAAAAUUGUAAUAGAGAGGGGGUGUGGGAAAAACGUUAUGAGCGGUGCCUCAUCUGCUCCUUCUGUAACUCGAGAAUUUGCCACCGCAAACUGUCCCGCACCGCCGAAAACCCCAAUCGCUGGUUCUACACUUGCCCCCAUGACAAGAAGUUUAACAAGUGGGAAGACGAAGUUAAACCCCAUGAAUGGAUCCUCGUGCCUUACUGCGGCGGCUGCGGCGCCGGACUUUGCCGGGUCAAGAGAUUUUUUUCCGGAUCCUCUCCGGGUCGGAUCAUGUUCCUCUGCAGAAUCAAGGAGGGAGAAGGUUCUUGUGGAUAUAGAGUUUGGCAAGACGAGCUACAAGCGAUGGAAGCUCGUGAGGCGGAGGAAAAGAAGAAGAGGGAAGCCGAGGCAGUUGAAGCCAUGAUCAACAACCAGAAUCAGUUUAAUGUUUUGCGAGAGCAUAUCGCUUCUACCAAGGACCGGCUCUUCCAAAUCGAAGCCGAGGUGUCUUGUUGUGAGGUUGAGAUGAGACUUUUGAAGCUUCAGCUUGAGAAAUUAUCUAAAAAUAAGGAGGUGUUGGAGGGCAAACAUUUGAUUGCAUCUAAUGAACUGGAACAGUCUCAGAAACUACUCGAGGAGAAGGAAGCAGAACAAAAUGCUGCAUUCGACAGAGCAAGAGCGUUGCUAGAGGAUAGAAUUGUACCUGCGUAUGUCUAGUUCGUUUUCUUGUAUUGUAGUAUAUCCAGCAUUCGAUAAUUAUUAGGACGUCUAAACUCUAAAUCCUAAACUCUCUUUGUAAUAUAUACCCAGUUCACUUUCUUGUAAUAUUAGUAUCUAACAUUUGAUCA